CGUUCCUCCAUGUCGGACGUUGCCCACCAUUCACCUCGUUCACCUGACCACGAACAAGAUCUCUCUGGGGCUCACCGCUGGUCUGACGAAGAAGCUGAAGUACAACACCUGGAUCCAUCGAGCAAAGGCAAAGCGCGGGAAACAUAUUCUAAUGAUCAACCACAAGAGUACCCACCCACCACGGAUGACGAGACGGAGACGCGUCAAAUAGAGGAGAAUCUACGACGUUGGGAACUAGCGGAACGGGCUAAGCGGAAGGCAGCUCGGGAGUCGGUCACGGCAGAUGGGUCUGGGUCGUUGCUCUCAAAUGCUGUUCGGCGAGCAAGCAUAUUAUUCAGCGGUGGUGGUGGCAGGCCAAAACGAGCCAGCGAUGACUUGGGUCGGGGGACUCACGCCGUCCUGAGUUCACAAGAAAACAUUGAUAUUGUCCCUCUUGACGACAUUGCGGCGACCCCGACACCAUCUCCCACGCAUUCUGAACCUUCAAAUCCGUUCAGUGAUGCUCAUGCCGAAUCACUAACUCCCGCCUCUACUUCUACUUCUACUCCUACUUCACCUCCCAAACGACCCGCUUUGCUGAGUGCUUCCUCGUCAAUACGACGUCCUCCAAGCCCCAAACCUUUGGGCCUCCCUCCCCCACGUGCUCCACCGCCUUCAUUAACGCCGCCUCCCGAUCCAGAACCCGAGCCGAAAGAGAGUCGAUGGUGGCAUGAGUGGUUAUGUGGACUGAGCGAAGGGCCUGACAGAGGCGGGAACAACCAGUCUGGACGCACAAAUCCUUUCGAAUGA